UCCUCUUUACUCGCCAUAUUCGUCGGCCAGGUGCAACUUUUUUGGUAGUGUCCAAAUCGGGCUCAUCCAACACCUAGUCCGACCAUUCUUGCUUCUACAAGCAGCAAAUAAAUACAAGAAUGCCUCCUAAAUUCGAUCCAAAUGAAAUUAAGAUCAUCUACCUCCGUGCUGUAGGAGGUGAAGUAGGAGCCACUUCUGCUUUGGCCCCCAAGAUUGGACCUCUCGGUUUGUCACCUAAAAAAGUAGGAGAUGACAUCGCGAAGGCCACUCAGGACUGGAAAGGUCUGAAGAUCACAGUACAGUUGACUGUCCAGAACAGACAGGCUAAAGUGGAUGUAGUGCCCAGUGCCUCCUCUCUGGUUAUCAGAGCUCUGAAGGAGCCACCCAGAGACAGAAAGAAGGUCAAGCAUAUUAAGCACAGUGGUAAUGUAACAUUUGAUGAGAUUGUUGAAAUUGCUCGAAUCAUGAGACCAAGAAGCAUGUCAAGGGAUCUUUCUGGGACAGUGAAAGAAGUGCUAGGCACUGCCCAGUCAGUAGGAUGCACUGUGGAAGGGGAACCUCCACAUGAUAUCAUUGACAAGAUCAAUGAUGGAGAAAUGGAAUGCCCUACAGAAUAGACUGGAAAUGGGGCUAAAAUAUGGACCCUGCUGAAACUGAAGAUACAAUUUUUGAGACUUUAAAAGACUUCAAAGCAAAACUCUCAAGAAAAAAAAUGAGAUAAAUAAAUAAUACAA